AUGGAUGGAAAACAAAUUCCAACGUUCAUUGGCUCUCUGUCCCGUUUAAGAUACCUUGAUCUCUCCUCUGCGAAUUUUGGUGGUAGAAUUCCUUUCCAGCUUGGGAAUCUUUCAAACUUGCAGUAUCUUAACAUUGCAAAUAAUGGAUUAAAUGUAAGCAGACUUGCCUGGCUUUCUCAUCUUCAUAAAUUGAAAUACCUUCUAAUGUAUUCUCUGGACCUCAGGGGAUCCAUUGAUUUGUUGCAAGUGAUCAGUGGGCUACCUUCUCUCAAACAUUUGAAUUUGGGUUCUUCUCUUCUUCCCAUAACAGAUUACCCAUCUCUUUCCUUGGUUAAUACUUCUUCAACUCUUGCAUACCUUGAUCUUUUUUCCUGUGGUCUUUCUAAUUCAGCGUAUGAUUGGUUGUUCAACGUUAGUAGCAAUCUUCAUACACUUUAUCUGUAUAAUAACCACUUAAAAGGCCCCAUUCCGGACCAUGCCUUCUGGAACAUGACUUCUCUUGUGAAUCCUGACCUUUCUUUUAAUCAAAUCAGUACAAUUCCGAGAAUUUUCUUCCUUGAGAGAACUGCGCAUUUCCAAAAACAGAUUAAAUGGUUCUUUCCUGAAGCAUUUCAACAACCUUCAAGUCUUGUGGAGCAGUAUUUGGACAGGAACUGGCUAUGGGGGUCGAUACUGGAUCUUUCGGUAUUUCCUUUGUUGAAAGUUCUUGAUAUCAGUAGCAAUCAAUUAAAUGGUACAGUAAAUGAAGGUCUAGGACAACUUUCCAAGUUGGAGCAACUGAUUCUUAUGGACUAA